GAGAUCCAGAUUCCAGAUUCCAGAUUCCAGAUUCGAGAUACCAGAUCCAUCUUAUGUGAUUUUUUCGCACAUUUUGCCUUCUCCAUUUGUUUAAAACAGACGCAAGAAUCUUUUUAAAAAAAGCCACAUCGAUGACACGAGGCGAAAACUAAAUAUAUAAAAAAAAUUCAAUUUCAUUCUUUUGAAAUCUGGGUUUUAUUCGACAAAGAGGGGUUUGUUUUGUUUUCUUCUUCAACCAUCUCGGAAUCGUUCCAAAGCUUCACCAACCUCAACAUACGACGGAGAUCUCAAGAAGAUCCUCGACUCGAUUCUCUCACGGUUGUUGCAGAUAUCAAAAACCCUUAAUUGGGGAUGAUGUGGAGAGUUCUAAUCCGUUUAAAAUCUGGAUGACGUUAUGCAGAAGCGGAGGAUCAUCACUGUGGAUCAAUCGUCGUCUAUUGAGAUGAGAGAGUACAGUAGCAGCAACGAUGACGUUCCUUACUCAAGUGUCCGCCGUGAUGAUGAUGAGGAGGUUCCGUCGUCACCUAAAGCUACCGACAAGAUUCGGAAAGUUUCGAUGUUGCCACUUGUGUUCCUCAUAUUCUAUGAAGUCUCAGGAGGUCCUUUUGGUGUUGAGGAUAGUGUGAAUGCAGCUGGACCAUUGUUAGCUCUUCUAGGGUUUGUGAUCUUCCCUUUCAUUUGGAGUAUCCCUGAGGCUUUGAUCACUGCUGAGAUGGGUACAAUGUUUCCAGAGAAUGGUGGUUAUGUUGUGUGGGUUUCUUCUGCUUUGGGACCAUUCUGGGGGUUUCAGCAAGGUUGGAUGAAAUGGCUGAGUGGUGUUAUUGACAACGCGUUGUAUCCUGUUCUGUUUCUUGAUUACUUGAAAUCUGGAAUCCCUGCUUUAGGUAGCGGUUUGCCUAGAGUUGCAGCCAUCUUGGUGUUGACUAUUUUGUUGACGUAUCUCAACUACAGGGGACUGACUAUAGUUGGUUGGGUUGCUGUGCUUAUGGGGGUUUUCUCAAUCCUUCCCUUUGCUGUGAUGGGUUUGAUUUCUAUUCCGCAGAUAGAGCCAUCGAGGUGGCUUGUGAUGGACUUAGGGAAUGUGAACUGGAACUUGUAUCUAAACACACUUUUCUGGAAUCUUAACUAUUGGGAUUCGAUCAGUACUCUAGCUGGUGAAGUGGAGAACCCGAACAAGACGCUUCCAAAGGCUUUGUAUUAUGGUGUGAUCUUAGUUGCUUGUUCUUAUAUCUUCCCUCUUUUGGCUGGAACCGGGGCAAUCCCGUUAGAGCGUGAGAAAUGGACAGAUGGGUAUUUCUCUGAUGUUGCCAAAGCUCUCGGUGGAGCGUGGUUGAGAUGGUGGGUUCAAGCGGCUGCAGCCACAUCAAACAUGGGAAUGUUUCUAGCUGAGAUGAGUAGUGACUCUUUUCAACUUCUUGGAAUGGCUGAGCGCGGUAUGCUUCCUGAGUUCUUUGCCAAGAGGUCACGCUAUGGGACACCUUUACUAGGGAUUCUGUUUUCAGCGUCAGGCGUUGUGCUCUUGUCUUGGCUAAGCUUUCAAGAGAUUGUAGCUGCAGAGAACUUACUCUACUGCGUUGGUAUGAUUUUGGAGUUUAUAGCUUUUGUUAGGAUGAGAAUGAAACACCCUGCUGCAUCAAGACCGUACAAGAUACCUAUAGGAACCGUUGGUUCGAUCCUCAUGUGUGUUCCUCCAACAAUACUGAUCUGUGCUGUUGUAGCACUCUCGUCUCUAAAAGUAGCUGCAGUAAGCGUUGUGAUGCUACUCGUAGGUUUCAUAAUGCAUCCUUUUCUGAACCAUAUGGAUCGCAAGAGAUGGGUCAAAUUCUCCAUCAGUUCUGACUUACCGGACCUUCAGCAGCAAACUCGGGAGUAUGAAGAAACUCUGAUACGUUAAAGAGUGUUCUUUGUUCAUUUCCACAACUAUGUUUUACAGUACAGAGCUUGUAAGCCAUAGACUUAAGCUCUGUACUCUGUUCAUUCACAGCUUGUUCUAAAGUUGUUAGUUUUUUUCUUUCUUUCUCGUAAAGUUAGUUUACGUUACAUACGGUUUUACUAAUAAACUUGUGCAAUAUGUUUGUAUCUCCCUUUCAUUUUUUUUUUUCUGGUCUUUGCCAUUAUUGAUUUGUGUAAAACAAGGUUUGGUAAA